CUGAGACUUAUAAUCUUACAAGUCGAAUAUUGCCCCCAAAAGGACUAUGUAUUUCUGGACCAUAUACUGAAGUGAAGCAAUGCGGUCUCAAAGAUAGCAAAAAACUAGUCGCAGUCAAAUCGUACAAGUCCAUGCUCGACGAUCCGAGCGAAGUGCGCACAGAAAAAAUUCAUCCGGAAUUGCAGUUGCUGUCAUCACGCCUUCUUCCUCAUGACAAUGUGGUUCAAUUCCUUGGCUUUAAGAAGGAUAAGCUGUUUCAUUCUUUGGUUAUGCCGUGGAUGGCAGACGGCACUCUCACUUCGUUUAUUCGCACUCAUGGAGCAGCCCUUGAAAUACCUGCAAAGACAACUCUCUUGUGUGACAUUUCCUCUGGCCUUGAACACCUUCAUCUAAACUUCGUGGUCCAUGGAAACCUAGAGAGUGACAACAUACUCAUCACCGAGCGACAAGGCGCAUGUCUUUCUGGCUUCCGCCAGUCAGUGAGACUUUCCUCGAGGGAUGCCGCAUGCCCUCAGUCUCAGAUGCCGUCCAAGCCUGCAAUUCAGUUCACUAGUCCAGAAUGGUUCGUUCAGAGGGACGAUGCAAUAUUUCAACAUCUUCCCAAGACUCUUUUUAAAAGCGAUAUAUACUCCCUCGGCUGUGUCAUAUUUUACAUAUAUACAAAACGCAUGCCUUGGCACGAUGCAACAUCCGUGGACAUUUCUAACCAGCUUCGGAAACGCGUGACGCCGUCGCGACCCAAGGGUCCGAUAGUGGAUGAUGACCAAUGGGCACUUAUAGAACCAUAUUAUCAAGUUUUUAUCGGCCCUCCAGAUCUUACCGGACAGAUCAAAAGGCAGCGGGAUUAUGCCGAUGCUCACGGAGGGUGCGGGUCUGUCUAUGAAUCCAUCUGGAACAGAAAGACUGGGGGCCAAGUCAAGGUCAUGCAUGUCGAGGAUUCCUCGCGAGUAGAUGAAGUAAAGAAGAAUUUGAAGCGUGAACUUGCAGCUUGGAGAAGGCUAUCUCACCCGAACAUAGCUUCGUUGUUGGGCACUACGACGGACUUCGGUCAUCUCGAAGGCAUGGUUGGCAUGGUUUCCCUGUGGAUGAAGAAUGGAUCACUCUAUGCAUACAUGGGUAACAGGGAUGUCGAUGAUCAUCCUAUAGUCCACGGGGACCUCACCCCAUUGAAUGUUCUGAUCGACGAUAACGAAAGGGCCGUACUGACUGACUUUGGCCUCUCCGUGAUAUUGGGCGGCUUUACCAAUUUGUCGGUCACAUACACCGAUGCAAAGAUAGGAGGAGCACUAGCCUGGGCGGCCCCAGAGUUAUUCCCCGACCACCAGGCCGAUAGUAAGGGGCCGAAUCCAAGCCCAUCAAGUGACGUGUACUCUUUCGCAUGCCUAAUGUACCUGAUUUUUACCGGAUCCCGCUUGUGGCCCGAUAUCACGGGACUGAACACUAUGAUGCGUGCAAAGACGGGCCGUAGGCCUUCUAAUCCUGGCACUAUUGAUCACCCGAUAUUGGAGCUUGAUUGAGCAGUGCUGGGCUGAACUGCCAAGUUCACGUCCAAAGAUCAGCGACGUUCUUGCUGCGGUUGUGAGAUAUUUGAACGAUGAUGGCCAGAAAUAUU